CAGCCUCCCUGCGCGCCCCUUCGCAGCCGGCGAACGAGCCACGAUGGCGCCCCGGGAGCUGCUUGCGCGGCCCCUCUUUGGGCUCCUGGUGCUGGCGGCGCAGCUCUCCGUCCCUGCCGUCGGGGCCGAGACGGACCUUUCCUCGCUUCCCGCGGACAUGCUGCUGGCGGCGGGCACGGAGGCUUAUGCCCGCGGGGACUGGAGCGCCGUCAUCCUGCAUAUGGAGAGGGCGCUGCGGGCGCGGGAGGCGCACCGGGCGCGCCUGAUCCAGUGCCGCUUGCGCUGCGCUGCCAACAGCACCGACGGAGCCCCGCCUCGCCCGGCGGAGGACGAACAGCAGCACCCGGGGCCUCCCGCCGUCGGAGAGCGGCGCCCGCUGGACGACCUCCGCUUCUUCGGGCAGCUCCUCCGCCGCGCCGGCUGCCUCCGCAAGUGCCUCCCCGACGGCUCCUCCCGCUACCAGCUCGGCGAGGAGACGGAGCUGGAGUUCCGCAAGCGCAGUCCGUACAACUAUCUCCAAGUGGCUUAUUUCAAGGUAGCCUGUUCACUUGGAUCGGGGACUGAUGGCGAUAGGAUUGGGGGGUGGGGGAGGAUCUUUUCAAAUGGAUCGGGACCUUCUCAGGGAGGAAAGGAGUCACGGGAGCCCCUCUGGGGGAUCUAUCCAGCUUGGUUUGGAUUCCUCCCAAUCCUCUCUGCGUAUUUACCCGGGAAGUAGGCCCCGUUGAAUUCAGUUGGAUUCAGUUUUAGCAAAAGUUAGAGGGGGUUGGAAGAGAUGGUUUGAUGCUGCUGGUUGGAACCCUAAUUGAUUUUAAUGUUCCUUUUAAGAAUGUGAGAAGAGCUCAAAUCUAGUCUAGCAUCCUUUUCUCACAGUGGCCAACCAGAUACCUACUGGGACAACUUUGUCAGCAGAUCAGGAGGCUCUUAAUCUCAGGGUCGUGGGUUCGAGCCCCACAGUGGACAGAAGAUUCCUGCGUUGCAGGAGGGUGGUCUAGAUGACCAUCAGGAUCCCUUCCAACUCUUAAAGGUAAAGGGACCCCUGACCGUUAGGUCCAGUCAUGGCCGACUCUGGGGUUGCGGCGCUCAUCUCGCUUUAUUGGCUGAGGGAGCCGGUGUACAGUUUCCGGGUCAUGUGGCCAGCUGUGGCGAACCAGAGCAGCCCACGGAAACGCCAUUUACCUUCCCACCGGAGCGGUACCUAUUUAUCUACUUGCACUUUGAUGUGCUUUUGAACUGCUAGGUUGGCAGGAGCAGGGACCAAGCAACGGGAGUUCACCCCGUCGCGGGGAUUCGAACCGCCGACCUUCUGAUUGGCAAGUCCUAGGCUCUGUAGUUUAACCCACAGCACCACCUGCAUCCCCCUUCCAACUCUUACAAUUCUACAAUUCCGUACCAUGGAAACUGGCAAGCAGGCCCUGCGUCGUCUGUGUCCACUCUCUCCUCCUGUAGUUUCCAACAACUGAUAUUCAGAAGCAUUGCUUCCUCCAACAGUGGAGGUAGAAACAUAGCCAUCAGGGCUAGUAGCCAUUGAUAGCCUUAGUUUGGCUAAUCCUCUUUUAAAGCAGUCCAAGUUGAUGGCCAUCACUGCCUCUGAAUUCCCCAGGGCUGGCCAAAUCCCAAAAGACUGUGAUCUACUCACAGGGUUAAAGACUAGCAGUGAUCUACCCCCUUUUUGUGGGUUCAGGUCAAAGUUGUUGAGCUUUUUUGAAGGAGGAGGCACAGGGCAAAAAGGUUGAGCUUUUUUAGGGGAGCAAGACUUCUUGACUUCUUUGGGGGAGCCAGUGAUCUACUGGUGAUCUACCACAGACAUCCACUGAUCUACCAGUAGAUCACGAUCUACCUGUUGGACGUACCUGCGAGUUCAUGCACUGUCUGAAGAAGUACUUUUCUUUUGUCGAUCCCUGAUUUUCCAACAUUCAUUUUGAUGUCCAAAAUUGUGCUGUCUCCACACCACUGCCACUUUAAGCCUCACUGAACAUGGUGGUGCUUACUUCUGAGUAGGCAUGCAGGGCGAGAAAUUGGUAUUUUCCUUCUUGAACAGUAAGCUGUGUGGCCUUUCAGUGACCAAAAACAAUAGCAAGUUCAGGACACAACCUAAAGUCAAUACAAAUGCCACGAGCAUUUGUGGUAGCUAAAGCAAAGCCUCCCCAGUUCAGAGCAGUAUACCUUCUCUUAUGAUGGGACUUAAAUAGCAAUGGCAGUCUCUCUCCCCAUGCUUGUGGCCUUCAAUACAUUCAAUGUAUUUCUGGAGACAGAUUGUUGGGCAACAUGGACUUUUACUCUGAUUUGGCAAGAAAUCUCCUUUGAAGAGGAGCCCUCAAAGUUUUUAUUUUGAAGAUACAGCAAUGGGAUAAUUUAGGAAAGAUGGAACUGAGAAACAAGGGAAACAAUGAGAAUAGGGAAAAAGCUUGAGAGAAAGGGCUUGUAUGUACAGUGGUGCCUUGCAAGACGAAAUUAAUCCGUUCGGCGAGUCUCUUCCUCUUGCGGUUUUUUCGUCUUGCGAAGCACGGCUAUUAGCGGCUUAGCGGCUAUUAACGGCUUAGCGGCUUUAAGAAAAAGGAAACGAACUCGCAAGACGUUUCGUCUUGCGAAGCAAGCCCAUAGGGAAAUUCGUCUUGCGGAACGACUAAAAAAACGGAAAACUCUUUCGUCUUGCGAGGCAUUCGUCUUGCGAGGCACCACUGUAUGGACCUCACUGCCACUUGGUGGGCUUUUGAAAGAAAAAGGUCAGUGGCCACUAGUCAAAAUGCCUAAGUUGAACCUCCAGGUUCAGAGGCAGUUUAGCACAAAACACAUUUUUUUCAUGCCCUGCUGGUGGGCUUCCCAGAAGCGCCCCCCCCCCCACUGUGGAGAAACAGGAUGCUGAAGUUCAGUGGCUAGGGCAGGAGGUCAAGUAUGGCCCUCCAGGCCCAUUUAUCUGGCCCUUGGAAAUCUCCCCAGGCCUUUUGAUGACUCUGCUUUGCACUCCAGAUACUUCCCCAUCACUAGGACAUGGCCCUCAGAAGAUUUCCCAGCAGGGAAUGCUGUCCCCUGGCUGAAGAAGAGUCCCCGUCCCUCCACUAGGCAGUCCUGGCAGUAGAGAAAACACUUCCUUGCCAUCUGACAUCGUGUAGGUUGAGGUCGAAGAAACGUUAAUAGGUUCUAUGGAAAGAAACGGAGAAACCAGGCUAUAGGUACUGUAGGAAGGAGAGAGGAAGAAAACAGAAAUUGCAAAGCCGCUAAGAGACAGAGCUGAAAAUCUGCACACUCUUUCGCAUUUCCGCCUGCAGAAACGGGUAUAAUGAUAGUGGUUUAUCUUGCAAGCUCAUAAGGAUUACAGCUAGAUAAAUGUAUCUGAAAUACGCCAAGUGCUUAAAAGUGCCAUACAGAGGUUGAACAUAUUAUUAAUCGUAUCUGUGUAAUAAACUGUAGCUGUGGGUGAAAAUAAUAUUACUGGGAGCAAGCAAAAAACAGCACCAUCUGCAUCUCGAAAAGCAUCCAUUAUCGGAGAAAUGGUUUUGCCGUUGCUGGAAAUCGCAAGCAAGGAGAGCAUUGUUGCCCUCCAGUCUAGCAUACAGGCUUCCCAUUGAGACUUCUGAUUGGUCACUGUGACAGAAGGAUGCUGGACCAGGUGGGCCACAAGCCUUGGUCCAGCAUGCAUCAGAUCUGUCUCACAUCCAUGCUUAGGACUGGACCUGCCACUUCAUUUCAGCCCCAAUCCUGCUGCCGCUGCCCCCAUGGAUGAACUUAUGGGCUUUCUCUUUUGCCUCAUGCACCAGUGGCUGGGUCGGUUGCAAUGCCAUUGACCAAUGCCUGGACUUUGCCCGAGUCCUGGAAGUAUCUCCCCUUUGUUGGAAGCCUGGGAAAAGUUGGACAACUGAAUCUGGCACUGGAAAUCUGAGGUCGGUCCAGAUUUCCAGUGGCACAAUUGGAAAACGAAGGAAUACUUUGUCCUUAUAUAGGAAGCAGCCUUGUAGAAAGCCCUGGGUCUCGGUUGCAAUAUCUGAAGAGAACAAAGCAGGGAUGGAGGAGCUGAUGAGUUUGAGCUGCCUGGAUUCAGGGACAGUUAUUGCAGAAAGGGUUUUGCCUUUAAUCACUUUUCCAGUUCUGAAGAGUUGACCCGGCCUGUCUCUCUUAUAGUCUCCAUCCAUUUGUCUGCCACAUGUUCACUCCAGCCACUUAGAAAGCGUUUUUCCUGCUCCUUCCCCUGCGGCCAGAAGUUCAGCCCUUCCUCUCUCGUCUCUCUCUCCUCCCUACUUCCUUAGGAGGGGCGAUGUGCCACGUCCAUAGAGGGGCUGCGCAGGAAGACGAAAAAGAGGGGGGCCUUCCCCCGUGGUCUCAGGUUUCAGAGCCAAUUCAACAACUGGAGUUGAGAAAGCAAAUAUGGAAAAAGCCAGGCUCUCUUUCUCCCCCACCAAAACCCCGUUGGCUUCUCUGUGGCUGAUUCCUAAGCUCUCUCCAUUCUUAAAAGGCGAAAACUCGCAGUUUAAUCCUCCUGCUAUUGCUAUCUAUCGGAUAGGGUGAUUUAUGUGCUCCAGUUGGCUGAUCUGCCUUCGUAGUGAACUGCUUGUGGGGUGUUUGCAUGUCUUCCUGUUAGUUUUGGGGGGGCCCUCUCUAGAAAUCCUUUUCAUUGUGCGUUUGUGCAAAGCUGUGCUCAUGAUGGUAUCAGGACGGUUAGAUGCAUUGCACAGACACACGCCUUCUUUUCCGAGUGAUGCGUGUUCCAAAACUUCCUGCUGGAAUCUUUUCGCAAAUGUUCUUGGGUUUUUUUAUUUUCAAUUACGCUUUAUUGUUUUUAGAAAACACAAUCCAUUAAAACAGCAACAAAUCACUACGCAGGCAUUAAUAACAGCAGCAAUCAGGUUUUUCCUCCAAGAGCCCUUUAAUAUAUAUAUGUAUAUCUUUUAAAAAUUAAAAUAUAUCAAUCAUUUUCCAAGUAAUAAAACCAAUUAAAAACCCAGCAACAGGAAAAUUUUUACUAAGAAAUAGGGGAGGUCCUUUAAGAGGGAUCUGGCCAGCUUCUUUAAGAUUACUUCUAAAGCACAAAUGUUGGAAGCAUUUCAUUGUCUAUAUCUCUCAGCAAACUUGAAUGGAGUGGCCAUAACAAAUCUCAUUCAUUUUUUUUUCCUGCUUUGAUGUGCUGUAGCUCCAGAAUUGCCCCUCCAGAUGGCAAUAAUAGGCUAACCCUAGGGAAGCAUCACAGAACCAUGAAUAAAGCAUGUGUGUGGACUCUUGCAGAAUUCACACAAGCAAUUUGGAGGGGCCUUUGGUGUGUGUGUUUUUUGGCUGUUCAGGGAUGGCAGAUAGUGCGACCUGCUGGCCAUCAGAGUAAAAAGAUUGCCCGCCGAGGGCAAGCCAGCCCAAUGCCCUCAGGUGCCAUGGAGGUGACUGCAGUAUUGCCAGCGUUGUUGUAGAAUUCAGCUGCCUCUCUGGUUGGCUUUGAAUGGUGGUAGAAGGGGGUGAGGGAGGGGCAGCCUUUUCUUCCUCGGGCAGCAAAAUGUCUUUGGCUGGCCCUGAAACUCUCAAACAGCAGGGCUUGUUGCAAUUUUGGUAAUCUCAGGUUCAGCACCUCUGCAUGUGUAGAAACUGGACUGCUAUACAAAAGUAAAACAUUUUAUCUGCCCAGGCUCUUGGUUUUUAAUUGGGAAGGUCACUUGGAUGUAACUUGGCUGUUUUCAUGCUCAUUUUUUAAAGUGGGGUAGGGAGAACUUGGGUAAGAUAUAUAUUUAAAAAGAACAAUUUGUUUUGCUGGUGUGUUUGCAUCUGAUCUUAAUGUCUCUUAGGUCUGUUUUUGUUGUGCACUUUGAGACACCUAAUCAUCAUCAUCAUCAUCAUUAUUAUUAUUUUCAAUGCUUCGCUCACUUCGGCCUCUGAUACUACUCUUUACUAGCAUAUUCCCCGACCCACAGAGGUUUGGCUCAAACAGAAUGAGACCGCCCCACCCCACCCCCCAGACUGUGAAAGGCUCCCCACCUUUGGUCCACCAAGUUUCAUCUCAUGCACUCAACACUGUCUUUAUUCCUCCCUCCCUCAGAUCAACAAGCUCGACAAAGCCGUGGCCGCAGCCCACACGUUCUUUGUGGCCAACCCUGACCACAUGGAGAUGCGGCAGAACUUGGACUACUACCAGAUGAUGGCUGGCGUCAAAGACUCUGACUUUGUCGACUUGGAGGCCAAGCCGCACAUGGUGAGAACGCCAUUGGCCACUGUACGUCCCCACGCCCAGAUUCUCCCCCCAACACACAUAAACACAUAUGCACAGAGAGAGUCCAUAUUCUGCCCACAGGAGCCAAAUCCUAGGGCCUGAGGGAUCUCCAGCCCCCCCCCAAUAAAAUAUUUGAGGGGAUUGUCCCAUCCCCCUCAUGUUGAUGGGCAUUGCCAUUCAAAUGGUGUGCGCGCACCACAUCAUAUGAUUGAUUAUGAGGGGUGUGGCUUACCUCCCCCCUCCCCAAUAUUUUAUUCAAAAUGGCGCCUCUGAUUAUGCCUAUGAAUUACUACCUAAGGUGGUCCAGGAUCUAGCCUGGGCUACAGAAAUUCCACAUUUUGAGCCACAAAUGUGGUCUCCAAAUGGGUCUUUCUGUGGACCGUGUAUGUGUGUGGCUUUGCAGAGGAGACUUAGCAAGUAGGUGUCAGGGUUCAAUCCUGCCCAGGCCUGAAACCUGGUGACACCUGUGAUGAGGAGGGGAGGCAGAACCCUCCCCCUCACCACAAAAAAAUAAAUAAAUUCUGGCAUCCCUCAAUAUUCAAACACGGUCAUUCCAGCCAUAAGACUGGUGCUCUCCACAGCAGCUGCUUGGGUUCCUGACUGGAAAAUUCCCACCACAGGGCCUAGAGGUGGCAAAUCCUGUUUCACCGCCUGAGGCAAAACAGCAAUUGCUGCUGGCCCGCUCCCCUUCUAUUCCCGCAGCCUCCCUGUUCUUGCAAGAGCCAGGGUUCUCCCCAAAGCAUUGCAGCUCGAGUUCUCUGCUCAGGGGCAGGCAGGAUGAGUGGCAACACCACAUGCUGGAACACCUCAUUCUUGAUGACAGUGGCAGGAGCAAUGGGGUGAGCUGGUGCAGACCAGAGCAGCUACAUUGCUUGUCGAGCCAAACUACUGCCAGCAUAUAACACCUUGUUUGUGGGAUUCGCACUGGUGGCCAAACUGCAACUGGGCCAAGUUUGAGGCGCUGACGUAUAAGGCACGGUGCUUCUUACUGUACACCUGAGAGACAGCCUGCUUCCUUACGUAUCUCCUUCCAGUUUCAAAGAUCCCAGGAGCCCUCUCCGCACUGACCUGCAGCAGGGCCUCCAAGGUGGGUGCCCCAUUCUGGGGAAUCCGACAGGCACGCACCCUCUGCGCUUUCCAUAAAUAACUGAAGGCAAUUUUGUUCCGACAGGCUUUGCCAGCCAGAUAAAAAGGGUCUUUGCCAUGAGCCUUAAUAAAGUCUGAGAAAGCAAGAUUCCUCCAAGCAUAUGCUAUGUGCAGUCUAGCUAAGAUUGAGGUUGGUGGACUAGCUUCCAAUCUGUGCUUCCCAUCUCUCACACAAGUUCUGACUGCUUCCCAUGCCCCCUUUUUUUUGUAGGAAGAAUUCCGCCUGGGCGUGAGUUACUACACAGAGGAGAAGCCUCAGGCGGCCAUCUUGCACCUGGAGAAGGCACUAGAAGCCUACUGGGUCGCCGACACAGAGUGCCGAGCCCUUUGCGAGGGGCCGUACGAUUACGAAGGCUACAACUACCUCGAGUACAACGCGGAUCUUUUCCAAGCUAUCAUUGGUGAGCCCUACCCAGAGGCCUGAGUAUUGUGGACGAGCAAAAGAAACUCCAUGAAUUCUUUUCUCUAAAUGCCGAAGCGCCCCAUUCAGUUUGUGGCUGGACUGCACCACUCAGGAGCAGGGGAUGUGGGUGGCGCUGUGGUCUAAACCAAUGAGCCUCUUGGGCUUGCCGAUCAGAAGGUCAGCGGUUCAAAUCCCCACAGCAGGGUGAGCUCCCGUUGCUCUGUCCCAGCUCCUGACAACCUAGCCGUUCCAAAGCACGCCAGUUCAAGUAGAUAAAUAGGUACUGCUGUGGCAAGAAGGUAAACGGCAUUUCCGUGCGCUCUGAUUUCCAUCAUAGUGUUCCGUUGCCCCAGAAGCGGCUUAGUCAUGCUGGCCACAUGACCCGGAAAGCUGUCUGCGGACAAACGCCAGCUCCCUCGGCCUGAAAGCGAGAUGAGCACUGCACCCCAUAGUCGCCUUUGACUGGACUUAACUGUUCAGGGGUCCUUUACCUUUUUCCCCCUUUUCUUUUUAACCACUCAGGAGCAUACGAAGUGAAGAGGGAUGGGAGUUGGUUUGCCAAUGCAGUCUGGGAAAAAUAAAUCCAAACCACAGUUGCAAAGGGGCAAAGCUGUCUGCAUUGAACGGCAAGUCCUGUUUGCAAAGGAACAGUCAGGAGCUCACUUUAAGGAUUGUUCCUUGUAGCCACAGCCUUUCCUGCCCCACACCUGACGUCACAUAUGAUAUCAGGUGUGGGGUAGGUAGCCAGGGUUUGGUCUGUCCUGGGUCUGAUAUGGCACACAGCCUGUAGGUUCCCUGCUUCUGGCCUGCAAAACCCCCUCUAACUCUCUGGUCCUGUUCUUAAGAAGAAACUGGUUUGUUGUCAUCGUUUUUUUGCCAGAUCACUACACACAAGUGUUGAGCUGCAAGCAAGGUUGCGUCACAGAACUUGCAUCUCAAACCGGAACUGAGAAGCCCAUUGAGGACUUCCUCCCAUCUCAUUUCAACUACCUUCAGUUUGCCUACUACAACAGUAAGUAGAGAGAAAAGGUCCAGGCACAAUGGUUCUUAUUUUUGUGGUAGGAAACUGGCCUGCUUCCCCCGUCAGCUGUUUUACUCUGUGCCCCCUUUCCAGGAAAAAUUAUCCUUUUUCACCCUCAUGAUAUCACAUACCUAAAACGCACCAUACAUUGUACAGUAUACAAUAAAUGUGUUUGCCUAGAUAAUGGGUUAAUAUAUACACUUUGUAACACCCAAAGAGGCUUCUAAGCGGUUUGCAAGUACGGUGGUACCUCUGGAUAUGAAUGAGAUCCGUUCUGGAUCCCCGUUCGCAUCCUGAAGUGAAUGUAACCCGCGCAGGUCGCGAUUCGCUGCUUCCGCACAUGUGCGUGACAUCAUGCGCAUGCGCGAGCGGCGAAACCCGGAAGUAACGCCCCUUCAGCGAAGCGGGAGGAGAAAUGGAAGGGGCUCCGUUUCUCCUGCCGUUUCGCUGAGGGAGCACUGCGCAGAGAGGGAGAGAAUUUUUUUUCUUGUUCUCCCUCUCUAAAACUAGGUGUGUCUUAUGGUCGGGUGCGUCCUAUAGAGUGAAAAAUACGGUACAUUCUCCCUCCACUGCUUUGCCUCUGAAUAGCAGUUGCUGUUGCUCCCAGGUCCUGCUUGCAGGAUUCCCCUUGGGGGAUCUGAUAAUCUGCCCCUCUGGACCAAAUGGGUGCCUGGCCUGAUCCAGAUGCAGGUCGUCGUCUUCUUUUUGCGUCCUUAUGCUAGUUCUCUCCCCUUUUCCAGGCGGCGACUACGAGAAGGCCAUUGAGUGUGCCAAAACCUAUUUGCUCUUCUUCCCUAACGACGAAGUGAUGAAACAGAACCUGGCCUACUACACAGCUGUGCUGGGGGACAACCUGGCCACGCCUGUACGCCCCAGAAAGGUGGGUGUCCUGGUGGGUGCAGUACAGGGGCCCACGGGUACAACGAAAAGCACACAAUAAAUAUCAAGAAUAAAUAAGUGAGCAUAUUAUAAAAAACAGCACAAGAAUGAGGGGGGAUGCAUAACACACAUACACACACAGAAGGCCUGCCGCAACACAGUGGCCAGUUAAUGGCCAAAGACCUGUCUGAACAAGAAAAGAAAGUCUUUUCCCCCACAGGGAUUCUUAGAUAAAUGUUAUUUUUUCCAUUUUACAUAUAUUUGCCAAAUUAAAAAAAAAUCUUUACAUCAAUCCACAGUCCUCAUUUUCUUCAACUUCCCUUCUGCCGUUACUUGUUUUAUAUCUUUUUAUUACUGCCUAUCCUAUUUAUAUUAGAAAAGAAAAGAAAGUCUUUGCCUACCAGCAAGAGGAAAGCAGAGAGGGGACCAUCCUAGUAUGGAGUGAAGCUUAUUUUUUGUAAAUUUCUUCAGUGAGUGGGGUCUUAAAAAUAUGCUUUGAGGUGUGAGGAAUUCAAACCUGCUAUUCUUUUUCUGAUUGGACAACAUUUACCUUGAUAAGUCUAUGUUUGAUGAAGAGGCACAUAAACUGCUUUCGGAAACCAAAUAAUCUUAAGUUUACCUUCUGUAAAUGUCAGGUAACCAUAAAUGUAACUGAAAGUGCUUGGCAGCCAUUUUUUAUUAUUUCUAUGCAGUUUUACACACGUUUCGCUUACUAAGCAAAAGUAGAUUAUAUCAAUUCAACCAAAAUAUGUUUCAGAUUCCCAAGUCGUGUUACGACUUUUUAGCGCCCCUCCUUUUUUGAUAUUCGAAAGUUGAAACAAUUCAACACGCUGCCUAGGCUCCCUGUGGAAAGAAGCUACUAAGCCCCUCUCUCUCACCAAACAUGCCUGGGAGGGUGGCAGGAUUGAGAGAAAGGCUUCCCUAGAAGAUCUCAGACCCCAGGCUGAGGGAGAUUUGGUCCUUCAGCUGAAACACCCCUGUGCUGGCUAAUCGAGGAAUCUGUUUGAUUUGCCCGCUUCUAACUUUUCUGCCCUCCUUUUUCCCCUCUCCGCUCAGGAUGUUGAGCUCUAUUGGAGACGCAGCCUUCUGGAGAAAGAGCAGCUUUUCUUCGCCUACGACGUCUUUGGGAUCCCCUUCGUGGACCCGGUAAGAGGCGGCUCCUUCGGCCUGGCACCCGCUCCGUUUUGCCCUUUUUUUUUAAGGAAAGGCGGACGAGGAGAAGGUGCAAAGUGUGGGGCCUCGGGCUUUGAGGUGGGGAGGUGACAGAGCUGGCACUGCGUGAGUCAAGGAGGAAGGGAUCUGUGGAUAGCUACAUGUUAUUGGACUACAGUUCCCAUCAUCCCCAGUUUCUGACCACAACGACUGGACAGCUGAGACCAGGAAGCUCAGCAGGCCGAGAAUUCCACCACCCCUGGUUGUAAGUUUUCGGGGAAUUCCUUGCGCUAAGUUCUUUUUCUCUCCCCCUGUUUUUAAGGACACUUGGACGCCGGAAGAGGUGAUACCUAAGAGGCUGCAAGAGAAGCAGAAGUGAGCGCCUUUUUCAAUAGACUUUCUCUCCCCAGCCCUUUUUAAAUGCUUUUAUAGCCCACUUUUCCCUUCAAGGAGCCCCAGGUGGCUUCCAUGGCUCCCCUCCUCAUUUAAUCCCCAGAACAGCCCUCCAAGGCUGAGAGGCAGGGACUGGCUCCAAGGUCACCCAUUGAGAGCUUCAUGGCGAAGUGGGGAUUUGAACUCUGGUCUCUCAGGUCCUAGUCCAAUACUCUAACCACUACACCAUGCUGGCUCUCUGCUUAUGUCUCUGCCUUGUUUGUUCUCCCUGGCUGCCUUAUAGCUCGGAGUUAGGCUUUUGAACCUGGCUCUCCUUCCCACAUCUGCAUGGGAACUCUUCUCCCCAACCGCACCGCCCAGGCCAGCAAUUGGCUCCAUUCCAAGGUCUACCUGUUAAUAAUAAUAAUAACAACAACAACAACAACAACAACAACAACAAUAGUAACAAUAAAUUUUUAUUUAUAUCCCACCCUCCCCAGCUGAAGCCGGGCUCAGAGCAGCUAACAACAGUAAAAGUAACACAGUUUACAUAAAAUCACAAUCAAUUAAUUGAAAUACAUUCUAAAAUCAGUUCAUUCUAAAAUCAAUUCUGAAUCAAAUUAAUGGCAGCCAUUGGGCUAGAGUUCUAUGAGGAUUACCGAAGGAGGGGGUCAGACUGUACCUUGGCCAAAGGUCUGGUGGAACAGCUCCGUGUUGCAGGCCCUGCAGAAAGAUGUCGAGUCCCACAGGCCCCUAGUCUCUUGUGACAGAGCGUUCCACCAGAUUGGGGCCAAGGCCGAAAAAGCCCUGGCUCUGGUUGAGGCCAGCCUAACCUCCCUGUGGCCUGGGAUCUCCAAUAUGUUUUUAUUUGAAGACCGUAAGGUCCUCCGUGGGACAUACCAGGAGAGGCGGUCCCGUAGGAACAGGGGUCCUAGGCCGUAUAGGGCUUUAAAGGUUAAAACCAGCACCUUGAACCUGAUCCUGUACUCCACUGGGAGCCAGUGCAGCUGGUAUAGCACCGGGUGAAUGUGAUCCCGCAGUGAGGACCCCGUAAGGAGUCUCGCCAUGGCAUUCUGCACCCGGUGGAGUUUCUGGGUCAGUCUCAAGGGCAGCCCCACAUAGAGUGAGUUGCUGUUGACCUUCCAGCCGAUGACGCCGCCCUGUCUCUCCAUUCUCUGCAGGGUGGAGCGCGAGACGGCAGCCCGCAUCUCGGAAGAGAUAGGCAACCUCAUGAAGGAGAUUGAGAACCUGGUGGAGGAGAAGACGAAGGAAUCCACGGACAUGAACAAGCUCGUGCGAGAAGGUGACAGGGCAGUCUGGGUGUUUGUUGGUGGCCAAGGGAAAGGGGUCUCUUCCCAUGGCUCCAGCUGUGUCUCCAGCUCUUGUGUCCCAACUGCAGGGUCUAAUCCAUUUCUUCGCGCAUGGGGAACCUGCGGCCCUCCAUAAGGACUCCCAACUCCCUUUAACUUUGACCGUUGGCUAUGUUGACUGGAGAUGAUGCAGGUUUCAGCAGCAUCCAGAGGGGCCACACCCCUGACAUGCCUCUAACCUAGCUUCUGCCGCCUCCUCUCUGGUUAGACUGCUGCAGUGACUUAUGCAUGGGGCUGCCCUUGAAGACAGCUCCUAAACUGAAGCUAGGACAGAGCUCGAGAUUGUUGACUGGAAGGACAAGGCUUAGUCCCAGCUCCAGCUGCACCCAGCGGCCAAUUCGCUCCCCCAGAGGACGAUGGACUACGGCUCCCAGCAUCCCUAUCAGUUGAGGGUUGAUGGGAGCUGGAGUCCAGCAGCAUCUUGAAGGGCCUCUAGGUUCCAUAACGCCUUGACUGCUUCUUGUUGCCUCACACAGGAGGCCCCUUGGUGUACGACGGGCUUGGCAUCACCAUGAACUCCAAGCUGCUCAACGGCUCCCAGCGUGUGGUGGUGGAUGGCUUUCUGUCCGAAGAGGAGUGCCGGACGCUGCAGAGGCUGACCAAUGUGAGUAGCUGCCCCUCAGGUCCCAACACAGCACUGUGGAUGCUCUGGGAGGCUGCAGCUCACUCUAGAAUCUUGGUCCAGGGUGGUUCUUUCUCAGCUCAGCUGCCUUAGCUGUUUGUCUGACCCUAGAAAUGCACAGGGAUUGAACCACGAGGGGGCUGUUCUCAAGCUCUGCCAUUUGGCCUGAGAUGAGUCCUGCUUGAGGGACGCGGGUGGCGCUGUGGUCUAAACCACUGAGCCUCUUGGGCUUGCCGAUCAGAAGGUUGGCGGUUCAAAUCUGCACAAUGGGGUGAGCUCCUGUUGCUCUGUCCCAGCUCCUGCCUACCUAGCAGUUCAAAAGCACGCCAGUGCAAGUAGAUAAAUAGGUACUGCUGUGGCGGGAAGGUAAACGGCAUUUCCGUGCGCUCCGGUUUCCAUCAUGGUGUUCCAUUGCGCCAGAAGCAGUUUAGUCAUGCUGGACACAUGACCCGGAAGGCUGUCUGUGGACAAACGCUGGCUCCCUCAGCCUGAAAAGCGAGAUGAGCAACGCACCCCAUAGUCGCCUUUGACUGGACUUAAACGUCCAAAGGUCUUUUACUCUCUUUUUUUACUUGGGGUUUUCAACACAACCCCAGAAGAAAAAAUGGAUUGAAAUGUUCAGUUUUACUUGGAGUAGACUUGCUAAGAUGUGUAAGACUGAAUCAGAUAAGUGCUGGAGAUGCAAUGAGGUUGAGGGUACGUUCUUUCAUGUGUGGUGGACCUGUAAAAGAGUAUUGGGAAAUAAUUUAUAAUGAAUUGGAAAAAAAUGUUUAAAAGCACCUUUCCUUUUCGUUGGGGAUGAUUCAGAUGGAAAUUCCCAGGUGUCAAAAAUGGUUAUUUAUAUGCCACUACAGCAGCCCAUGUUUUUUAGCCCCAAAAUGGAAAUGGAGCGAGGUUCCCAACCAAAGAAGAAUGGCAACUUAAACUGAUGGAAUACGCGCAGCUUGCGGAUCUAAUGUAUAGAAUAAGAGAACAAGAAGAACAUUCGUUUAAAGAAGAUUGGAAAACGUUUAUUGAAUACAUGGCAGGGAGGGGAAUUGUGUACACUUGAAAACAUUGGCAGCAUUAAGAUAAAUCCAACAAUGUAAAUAAGUAUCGAUGGAAGUAAUAAUAGAAUACGGAAUGGUUUAGUUUAUAUAAAAUAUGCAGGGAUUUAUGCUAUGUAAAAUGAACCAUGGAGACAGAAGGGAAGUCAUUGCUAUUUUAAGGUUGUAUAAAUGAAUAUUCUAAAUUGUAAAGCACAAAAUUUAACACACACAAGUAGAGAGAGAGAUAAAUGUUCAGUUAUAUAUAUAUAUAUAUAUAUAUAUAUAUAUAUAUAUAUCUUCUCUACCCUCUCCCAAUGCAGGCAGCUGCCUCUGCCGGGGAUGGCUACCGCGGGAAGACCUCCCCACACACCCCCAGCGAAACUUUCUAUGGUGUCACCGUCUAUAAAGCACUCAAGGUAAGCCUCUGAAAGAGCAAAAAGCUGGGCUCAGACUUCUGGGGGGAAUCCAGGACACAAGAAUGUAAGGGGGGGGCCCUGAUGGAUCAGGCCGAUGGCACCCCUAAUCCAGCAUCCUCUUCGCACCAUGGGAAACCCACAAGCAGGAUUCGAACACAAGGGCCCUCUCCCCUCCUGUGGUUCCCAGCAGCUGGUAUUCAGAAGCAUCGCUGCCUCCAAUGGUGCAGUUUUGUAGACACGAAUUGCUUGAAUGGGACUGUUUCCUGUGUAAAUCUCUGUCUUUGUCAUCAAAGACUCAGACGGAAGUUGCUUUCAGUGAUGUUUGGGCUGUAACAAACACAGAAAGCAUUGCGGCCUCCUUAGCUAGAUCCCAACAUUACUGCAGAAUAAUAAGCCAUGGCCAUUUGUUCCCUCAACUUUUGGGGAGUUUUGAAUUGUUGCUGUUAAUUUUUCUUACCGAUAAACAUUUGUCUUUUUUGUUUUGUUUUGUUUUUAUAAUAUUUUUUAUUGAGUUUUCCAUAUUUAUCAUAAUCACAUUUUGUUACAUACAUCAAUAACCUUAAACAUUGCUCAACUGACCACUGACCUCCUUCCCUCCCUCUUUCUGACUUCCAAACAUGUUUACUAAAUUCUUAGCAUCUCUAUAACCCCCUUUUUACUUUCUAUCUCCCUUUAAGAUUUCACCUCAUUAUAUGUAAAUCAGCUCCUUCUAUUCACAUUACAAAACAUUCCAACUCAAACCUACAAACGUUUUCAAAUGUUUGCAAUUUUCUUUCAUAUAAAAUAUAAAUUUGCUCCAGUCCUUUUGAAACAGUUCGCCGCUCCGAUUCCAGAUCUUCCCCGUUUGUCUUUUUUGUAAAUAGUUAUUGAGAUGGUUGUUUUUGCUGUGUGUGUACCAUCAAGCGGCAGACCUAGGAUAGCUCAGUCGGCAGAGCACAGGAAUCUUAAUCUCAGGGUUGUGGGUUCAAGCUCCAAGUUGGGCAAAAGAUUCCUGCAUUGCAGGGGGUUGGACUAGAUGACCCUUGGAGACCCAUCCAAGUCUGAGAAAUGUCAUGAAAUAAACAAAUGACCCAGGUGCCUGGGUCAGGGAAGAUGGAGCACAGGACCUGUUGUCUUCGGGGCAGUAGUCCAUUUUUAAAGCCGGUGAGCCCACGGAAAUAGGGACCAGGACAGGCCACUGGAAGAGAUCAUCAGGGGGAUUGGGCUGGGUGUUCUUCAGUAUGCGGAUGAUACCCAGCUCUACCUCUUUUAAAUCAUAACCAGUGAAGGCGGUGAAGGUCCUGUGUGAGUGUCUGGAGGCAGUUGACGGAUGGAUGACUGCUAACAGAUUGAGGGUUGAAUCCUGACAAGACAGAAGUACUGUUUUGGGGGGACAGGGGGCAGGAGGUGUAUGGGGACUCCCUGGUCCUGAAUGGGGUGGCUGUGCCCCUGAAGGACCAGGUGUGCAGCCUGGGAGUCGUUUUGGACUCACAGCUGUCCAUGGAGGCGCAGGUCAAUUCUGUGUCCAGGGCAGCUGUCUACCAGCUCCAUCUGGUAUGCAGGCUGAGACCCUACCUGCUGGCAGACUGUCUCACCAGAGUCGUGCAUGCUCUGGUUAUCUCCCCCUUGGACUACUGCAAUGUGCUCUACGUGGGGCUACCUUUGAAACUACAACUAAUCCAGAAUGCAGCAGCUAGACUGGUGACUGGGAGUGGCCGCCGAGUCCAUAUAACACCGGUCCUGAAAGACCUACGUUGGCUCCCAGUAUGUUUCCGAGCACAAUUAAAAGUGUUGGUGUUGACCUUUAAAGCCCUAAAUGGCCUCGGCCCAGUAUACCCGAAGGAGCGUCUCCACCCCCAUCAUUCAGCCUGAGGUCUAGCCCAGAGGGCCUUCUGGCGGUUCCCUCCCUGCGAGAAGUGAGGUUACAGGGAACCUUGCAGAGGUCCUUCACGGUGGUGGCAACUGCCCUGUGGAACGCCCUCCCAUCAGAUGUCAAGGAAAUAAACCACUAUUUGAUGUUUAGAAGACACCUGAAGGCAGCCCUGUUUAGGGAAGUUUUUAAUGUUUGACCGUUUAUCGUGUUUUUAGUAUUCUGUUGGGAGCCGCCCAGAGUGUCUGGGGAAACCCAGCCAGAUGGGCGGGGUAUAAAUAAUAAGUUGUUGUUGUUAUCCGGGACUUGAACCUCCUCUGUGUGCCUCUUAGGGCCCUCGUAUCUAUGGGACCGCCUCUCUGGUAUGCCCCGCAGAGGACCUUAAGUUCCAUAGUUUAGAGGUCCCGGGCCCUAAGGAAGUCAGACUAUCCUCCGCCAGGGCCUUUUCAGUGAUGGCUCCGACCUGGUGGAAUUCUCUGUCCCAUGAAACUAGGGCCCUUCAGGAUUUAACUUCCUUUCAUUGGGCCUGUAAGACAGAGUUAUUCCGCCUGGCCUUUAAUUUGAAUUCAGACUGAUCUUUUAUUUCCCUUCCCUUCUCUUCCUUCCCCCUCCCCUUUUAUGAAGAUCACCCGCUCUGAGACCCCACAGCUAAUUCUCCCCUGGCCUCCUCGCUGGCCCAAGUAGGACCAAUUCAGCCAGCUAGCCCUGGGGAUUAUCUAAUUGAUUUUUGAUUUUUAUUGUUAUUCAUGUUUUUAUACUGUAUUUUAUGCUGCUUUUAUAAUUCAGUGUUUUAAAGUGUUUUAAAUUUGUUGUUAGCUGCCCUGUGCCCGGUUUUUGAACCGGGAAGGGCAGGGUAUAAAUAAAAAAUAUUAUUAUUAUUAUUAUUAUUAUUAUUAUUAUUAUUAUUAUGCCUCCGCAGCUGGGACAGGAAGGCAAAGUGCCCAUGCAAAGUGCUUACCUCUACUACAACGUGACCGAGAAGGUCCGGCUAGUGAUGGAGUCCUAUUUCCGCCUGGACACACCCCUGCACUUCUCUUACUCCCACCUGGUGUGCCGCACUGCUAUUGAAGGCAAGUAGGGCAUUCUGCACAUCCUCUAGCGCAAAACACCCUGCCUCAGGCCACACCCCCUCACCAGGCCACACCCCUCACCAGGCCACACCCCCUCACCAGCCCUGCCUCGCACCUCUCUGGGUGUUUCUGGCCUGGCUGGAAUGUGCCCUCCAACUCUCGCCAGGCCUCUUGCCUGCCUGGAGUUUGCCUUUCCAAACGCACCAUGAGGACUAGAAAUGUGAAGGGCUGCUUUCUUUCAAAAGCCGGGUGCUUGGGUAAUUGAAUCUUCGCUGCGGAGUGUGGCAGGCUGGCCGCAGUGGUGCAAACUUUCAGCGCUGCCUGUCUCCCGUGCAGAUAAACAGGAAGACCGGGCGGAUCCGAGCCACCCUGUACACGUGGACAACUGCAUCCUUAACGCAGAGGCUUUAGUGUGUGUCAAAGAGCCGCCAGCCUACACAUUUCGGGACUACAGGUAAUGGCUGUGAGGAAGUGGAGAGGAUGAAAAAUUCCUUCUCCACUGACAACAGCAAGGCACUGCGGUGGUUGUGCUCCUGAGCAGCUUUUUGACCUCUUAAGGAACGGCACAGAUCCUGUGCCCCUCUAGAUCAGCCUUUCUCAACCUGUGGGUCCCCAGAUGUUGUUGAACUACAACUCCCAUCACCCCUAGCUAGCAAGGCCAUAGCUCAGGGAUGAUGGGAGUUGUAGUCCAACAACAUCUGGGGACCCACAGGUAGAGCACCGCUGCUCUAGAUGUAGUUGGACAAGACUCCCAUCAACCCCAGCCAGUGCACCCGCUGGUCACGGAAGAUGGGAGUUAUAGUCUAUAACAUCUGGUGGGCCACAGCUUCCUCAUCCCUGGGCUAAAGGCUCCUGGGAGCACCAUCUGGAAAGGAGGCUGUGUGUUGUGUCCCUGCAUGAGUGGCUGCUCUGCCAAUGGGGAACCUGAGGAUUCUCUAGAUGUUGCUGGGCUACUGCAGCAGCCAUCAGCCCCAGCUAGCAUAGCCAGCAGUCAGGGGUGAGGUGGGAGUUUUAGCUCAGCAACCUCUGGAAGGUCAAAAGUCUCUCGCCUUGUUCUUAAGAUAGUUGGCAAGGUCUAGCUGCCUGAAGGACCAACCCUUUUAGGACAGUGGUGGGGAACCCUUUUUUCUGGUGGUGGGCCAGGUCAAUCAGCAAGGGGGGGGGUUGCAGGAUUGCAUAGUUCACUCCCUCUAUCCCUGCAAAACUUUUCACACACACAGAGAGAGAGAGAGAGAGAGAGAGAGAGAGAGAGAGAGAGAGAGAAAGAGAGAGAGACUGGGCUCAUGUCAUGACUUCUGCCUUAUGUUCUUUAAGUGUCUAUCCCGGGGUUUUCCACCAGGGGGCCUCAGAGCCGCUCCAAAGGCUCAUGUCACCCAGCAUGAGAGUAAAGUGAUUAAAAUACCUAUUUAAAAUAAUAUAAGAGCAGCCUAUCAAAAGAACAGCAUAGGAAAGACAUAUCAGGCACAGAUGGCCAACCUCUGCCAGGUUAUUCUUGAAAUAGCAACUUGUCUGGUUCUGGGUGCCACAGUUUUAGAAGGAUAUCGACAAGCUGUAGCAUGUGUGGAGGAUGGCGACCAAGAGGAUAAAGGGUCUGCAAGACAAGCCUUAUGAGGAACGGUUGAGGGAGUUGAGUAUGUUUAGCCUGGAGAAGAGGAGACUGAGAGGUUGAUAGGAUAGAGCAAUAUAACAACCUUGUUUUCUGUUCUGUGGGUCGCAACGCUGGCACCCAAGGGAACAUGUUUUGUUCACCUAUCUGCAUACAUUUUGCUCAGAAGGACUUGGCAGGGUUUCCAAUUUCCAUCUUGAACAAUGAGGACUAGAAUCCCUCUUUUUAAGAAAGAAAGAAAGAAAGAAAGAAAGAAAGAACGAGAAGGGUAGGCAGUUCUGAUGCAUAUUCCCUGCACCGUAACAGAGUCUGCCUUUGCUCCAUAAUGCACCGCAAAUUAGAGUCUGGAGCAGCAGUUGCCAUUGUGGUGCCCAUGGGCGCAAUGGUGCCCCUGUGGUCUUCCCCUGGUGUUUGUAGAGCCUCUGAGGGCCCCACCCCAUGGCCACGUGGUAGCAAAAGACCGAUUACCUUUUUUCUCCCCUGAGAAGAACAUAGAGCUGAAAGGGGAAGUGUGAUGCUCUUUCCCUCUUCCUCCUCCAGCUCUGUGCCCUUUUUCAAGUCUCAGAUCUGUGGAUGUGCCCACGACGCUCUCUUAAAAAGGCAAAUGAGCCCCGUGGCCAAAAAACGUAGGCAGCCCCUGGGAAGAGGGUCCUUUAAGGACACUUUCAAAACAAACCAGGUGAAAGUUCGUCUGUGUGUUUCUCUGCUCCACCAGAAGGAAAAGCAUUGACAUAAUAUCUCUCCCUCUCCUCUGCUAAUUCUAGUGCUAUUCUCUACCUAAACGGUGACUUUGAAGGAGGAGCUUUUUACUUCACGGAGCUGGAUGCCACGACGGUGACUGUGAGUCGGUUGUUCCUCUUUAUGUUCUGUGCGCUUUCGUGUGUCUUUGGGCAAAGGGAAUCCCCCCUGAGGUCAUCUUUGCUAGACUCCACAGUCUGUGUGUGACCCUUGGUGCAAAUGAGCCAGCCCUGUAUUGCCUCCAAUAUUCGCCCUGCUCAGAGUAGACCCACUGAAGUUAGUGGAUUUCAUUCGUUUCAGCGGGGCUAUGCCCCUUCCUUGCUGGAUUCUGACGUCUUUCGUGCAUUGUGCAAAUAAGCAUAAUUGGACCUGGACACAUCAAAGAAGCGUUUCAGUUCAAUGCAUUGCAAGCUUUGUAUAAGAAAUCGGGUUAGCAAAAACGAAACUCCACAGCGCCAUCUGGUGUCACGGUGUUAGAAUGCAUAAACCAACGCAUAUAAAGCGGAUUUCUCUUUGCCAAUGUAGCCGAGUCGUGGUUCUGUCUCUUCCGCUUAACGUUAGCAGUUAUACCAGGGCUCACCAACAGAUGCAACGCUGCCCCCCUGAGUUCCCACGAGGUCUCUGAGCCUCCUUCCCACUCACCCAGUGGCCCUCAGCUGCCAGGUGGUGUGGGUGGUUAGCUUUGUCUCCCCUGAAAUCUCCUUCCUAGAAGGAGGAAGUUGGAAAAAUCACGCUCUUUCCCACUUCCUUCAGAUCUGUGUCUUUUUCUGGGAGUGGCCAGAAGUGGUAGGGUGGGGGUGAAUCCUUUUUUCUUUUCUUUUUAAAAUCCUUUUUAUUUGAUUUUACAGUGGUACCUCUGGUUGCGAACGGGAUCCGUUCUGGAGCCCCGUUCGCAACAUGAGCAGAACGCAGUCUGCAUGUGCGUGGGUCACAAUUCGUUGCUUCUGCGCAUGCGCGUGACGUCAUUUUGCACAUCUGCGCAUGCGCGAGCGGCGAAACCCGGAAGUAACUCUUUCCGGUACUUCCGGGUCGCUGCGGGACACAACCUGAAAACGCGCAACCUGAAGCAAACGUAACAUGAGGUAUGACUGUAUAAAAUUAUAACAUUCCAAAUGCAUAUCCACAUGGAGAUAUUACUCUGAAUCUCGCAACUUCCCCCCACCCCCUCCAUGCGUCCUAUGUUAGUAUUAUCAACAUUUACAACUGCAUAUUAUUCCAUACUCUAUAUUUCAUAUCAGUCCAAAUUAUCCAUGGUAUCUCUUACAUUACAAGUGAGAUUAAAAUCCUGCUAACAUUUCCAUCUGCUUGUAGUGGUCUCCUAGAUCAGUUAUAAAUUUUUCCCAUUCUUUUUUAAAGUUUUCCUCCUCUUAGUUCCUGAGUUUUCCAGUCAGCUUUGCCAUUUCAGCUUAGUUUGCCGUUCCUCUCUGGUAGCGACUUUGUCUUCCUUCUAUCUCUGGGCUAGUAACAUUUGAGCGGCUGUACAUAAAAAGUCUUUUCUGUUCCUUUGGGAUGUCGGUACCUAUAAUUCCUAAUAAUAAAGCUUCUGUUUUUCCCCCGCAAAAGUUAUUUUAAACAUUUUUUUUCAUUUCAUUAUAUAUCAUCUCCCAGAAAGCUUUUAUUUUCUUACACCACAUAUGGUAAAAGGUACCUUCUUUUUCUUUAUAUUUCCAGCAGGUAUUUGUACCUGUUCUAUACAUUUUUGCUAACUUAAAGGUAAAGGAACCCCUGGCCAUUAGGUCCAGUUGUGACUGACUAUGGGGCUGCGGUGCUCAUCUUGCUUUAUUGGCUGAGGGAGCCGGCGUACAGUUUCCGGGUCAUGUCGCCAGCAUGACUAAGCCGCUUCUGGUGAACCAGAGCAGCACAUGGAAAUGCCGUUCACCUUCUCGCCGGAGCGGUACCUAUUUAUCUACUUGCACUUUGACGUGCUUUCGAACUGCUAGGUUGGCAGGAGCAGGGACUGGUAGCAACGGGACCUCACCCCGUCGUGGGGAUUCAAACCGCCAACCUUCUGAUUGGCAAGUCCUAUUUGUUAAUGAAUCCUAAUGUGCCUACUGGCCUAGAAAGGCCACCCAGUGGGGAGCAAUUCAGUUUGGGGUGUGCUGUCCAAAUCAAAAUGGUCCUCUGAUCAUUUUUUUAACGUUGUAUUUUAAUCUUGUUCUUAAGUUGUAUUUUAAUCAAUUGUUUUUAUACCUGGUGUUAGCCGCCCUGAGGAGCCCAGUCUUGGCUGGGGAGGGCAGGGUAUAAAUAAAAUUUAUUAUUAUUAUUAUUAUUAUUAUUAUUAUCCCCUUUGUUGGUUUCCAGGCAGAGGUUCAGCCCCAGUGUGGCCGGGCUGUGGGUUUCUCAUCAGGCUCCGAAAACCCGCAUGGCGUGAAAGCCGUGACCAAGGGCCAGCGCUGCGCCAUUGCCUUGUGGUUCACCCUGGACCCCCGUCACAGCGAACGGGUAUGUAGAAUGGCUGUCGCUUUGCCUCACUCCUCCUUUCUCAACCCCGCCAUGCCCUUCUUUUUUUCCUGCCCCCAAAUCAAGGCCUGUGUGAAAAAAUCUGCAAAAAAAAGAGAGGGUUUUGCUGGGUUUCACUUCUGCAUUGCAGGCGACUCGGCCUCAAGUUUUCUGCCUCCACCCUUUCUCCCAGGGAAGGGCUUUCUAAAACACCUGGUUGUUACGCAGAGGGCAGAGCAAGGAAGCUUAGUGGUUAGGCGCCGCAUCAAAGCAGAUCUUUUGGCUAAGCAUUUGGAGGCACUUGCUAGAUGGCAAGAACUGUUUAGGUCCCAGAUGUGGAUUCUGAAGAUCCAUCAUUGGCUAAAACUACCGGUAUUUUUUCUUCCCGGUAGGGUCUGGCACCCUUAACUUUAACAGACACAUGUGAAACAAAAAUGUGGAAAUCCUCAUUGCAAGAGGAACCAAUAGGAACGUAGGGUUCACACCACAGGCUCUGAUAACCUGUGGAUAUGAAAAAGCUAAAUCCACAAUUAAGCAACGAAUAGGGGGAUGUUGACCUGCGAUACCACAUGAGUUGAAAUGACAGGGUAUCCAGAAAUUAAAGAUAACGGGAGGGGGUUUAUCCAAAGCGAGGUAUUUAUCCAAAAUAGAAAUACCCAAAUUUAGAAGAGCUUUUUAUGCUUGCCGGGUUUAAUGUCCUUCCACCAGCAGGGCAGAUUUGAAGGCAAACUGUAUUCAGAGCGAACAUGCCUCUGUGGUUUGAAGGAAGUUGAAACUGCUACUCAAGCCCUACUGCGCUGUCAUUACUACAAGGUUAUACACUCUAUAUUUGUCACUCCAGUCACGCAGCAAACCCCCAAGCAGAACUGAUGAUUAUUAUUUAAAAUACUUAAUAGAGAACAGGGAACCAGACCCUACCUUCAAAGUGGCUAAAUUCUGUGCUGCUUAUAUAAAAUUAAGGAGACAAGCUUUGAAUGAAUCUAACAGCCAAUGUCUAAGUAUAAUAAUAAUAAUAAUAAUAAUAAUAAUAAUAAUAAUAAUAAUUUUUAUUUGUACCCCAGCCAGAGCCAGGCUCAGAGCGGCUAACAUCAUAUAAAUAAUACAAUAUGCAUAAAAACAAGCAAGCAAGCAAUCGAUUAAAAUGCAUCCCAAAAUUAAUUUAAAUAAAUUAAAAUAACACGAGUCACUCAAUAUGCCUCCUGAAGAAUAACAGAUGCAGCUGGUUUGUUCAGACAGGCUUAAAGUGGCAAUUCAGUUACUAAAACAUGCUAAAGCCUAGCUUAAGAUGGAGCCUGAACUUGCAGGUAUUCUCAUGGCUGAGAAGGGUGGAAAGAGGAUGAGCCCAGGCAAGGAAGAGGAUAUAUAGCUAUGCCUUCUUCCUGCCAGGACCACCAAGUUCUCUCUAGCAAUUUUGCAGGAACACUCUGUGACCCUCAGCCCCUUCAUGCGCCUUCUGGCAAAACAUGAGUCGUUGGUUGGACUGCAUUUAAAUAUCCUGCACAAUGGGAAGCUGCUUUGGGUGCGGCUGCAGUUUUGCAGUCAUAGCACCUGUUUUGCACGCAGAAGGUCCCAGGCGGAGCACAUUUUGGGAGCCCCUGUUGUAGAAUCGAUAAUGUCAGGUAGCAAUGGUGGUUGCUAGUGAGUAACCAGUCAGGACUCCAACCUGUCUUUUGCAGGUUUUAUUUUGGUGCAAAACUAUUUACAGUGCAGAGCCACAAGUUCAUGUCUGCCUCAAUCGCUAGCAGAAUCCGGGAGUGGUUGUUUCCUGGACCUCCCCCAACAUAAGAGCUUCGGCACCCCAGCCUUUUCCUUCCUUCUUUGCGUUUUACACCUCUGCGCAGGGUGGGCGACUGAAGGGGCGUGCUUCCCUCCCUGCGGCUUGGCCAGGAGCGGUGCUGAGGCUCCCAGCAGCAUCCUCUGGUCCUUUCCCCUCUUUCCCACUGGAGGUGAGGCUUUCCUCACCACAGGAAGAGGAACUGCUUCGCAAGAUUUUCAGAGGUUCCCUGUAACCCAACUGCCUCUCUGCUUCCCUACCCUGUUCCGAUGGCAGUGCCCUGACAGAUAAUAAUGAAAGCUGAACGCCAUCCCACUCCACACCCUGUAACUAAGUCCCCUUCCUCAUCCGCCGCAGGAGAGAGUCCAGGCCGACGACCUGGUGCGGAUGCUGUUCAACACGGAGGAAACAGAGUUGCCUCCAGAGAAGGAGACCAUGGCGGAGAAAGAGAUCGUGGCGGAGAAGGAGAUCGUGGCGGAGAAGGAGAUCGUGGUGGAGAAGGAGAUCGUGGCAGGGAAGGAAAUCAUGGCAGAGAGUUCCACGCCAGCCCCAGCGGAAGACCCCGAGCAAGACGCCACUUUAGGGAAAGACGAGCUGUAAUCUCCCACACGCCAACACACAAAUGCACACAACCAAGAGAGCCCAACGAGAGGCACCAACAGGCAGAACGUUUGGGGCACUGAGAAGCAUAGUGGACCAGCCAGCCUAUGGAUUGGGACCCUCGUCCGGCACACAAACAAGACUGAACAUGACCACCACCCAAGUGCCUUACAUAUGGUUGCUGUGGCCCAGGAGGAUUUCUUUGGGGGGAGAAGGGGGAAGCUUCCUGUUUCUGCCUGCCUCUCCCCCUCCCCUGAUGUUCUGUUUCUCCAAAGGGGGCCACACCACCAUCUGCGUUUUCUUUUUCCUUUUAUUUUUUUAAGGGUCCGGAGGGGUAGCCAGUUUUGGGGUCGCAGGGUUAGCUCUGCUGCCCAGAGACUUGAAUUCAAAUCUCCACUCGGCUGCGAAACUUAGCAGGCGACUUGUGGGCCAGUCGCCAUCUCCAAAUCUAACCUACCUCACAGGGUCGUUGUGAGGAUAAAAGCAGGGGCAGCCCAACAGGCCCUGCCCUGAGAUCUGUGGAGGAAGAGUGGGAUGCAAAUGUACCAAAUAAAAUAAGAUGGAUACCACUUUCCUGCUCCGUAAGAA